AUGCACAAUUCAUUUAAAAUCGAGAAUUUUUCCAUAAUUUUCUCACAUUUUGUGUCAAACGAUGAUCUCCUAAAUUCUAUCACUUCAGAAAACACUCAACUACUUCAUUUUCCAAUAAACCCCAACCCACCAUGGCUUUCUUUCAGCCCAAAAAUUGAACUCACACUAACGGAAAAAUCCCAAAGACACUCUGCAAAUCAUAUCCAAAACUAUAAUACUCUCCUUGCCAAAUACCCAGACUUCGUUCAAAUCUAUACAGAUGGCUCAAAAUCAGCAGACAGUGCGGGCUGCUCAGUUAUCCAUGACGACCACGCAAUACCUUUCUCAUUGCCUCACCACUUUUCAGUACUCUCAACUGAACUUUAUGCAAUCAAACUAGCGAUUGAGUACAGUCAAAAUCUUAUCUCUAACAAAAUUCUAAUACUAUCAGACUCUCUAUCAGCCCUACAUUCAAUCCAAAAUUUCCGCAAAAAGAAACAACAUCCAAUCUCCCAACAAGUAGUCCAAAUCCUACAUUCAUCAAAUAAAGAUAUCAUCUUAUGCUGGAUCCCUUCCCACUCCAAGAUCCCUCAGAAUGAAAAGGCAGAUGAAACAGCAAAACUAUCGCUAAAUAUGUUCCCAAUACCAAAUAUUCCAAUUCCACUCUCAGACAUAAAACGAAACUGCAAGAUUUUCGUUCACCGUUCUUUUCAGAGAUCGUGGGAUCUGGUCCCAAGUACCAACAAACUCAAGCCUAUAAAGAAAACAAUUGAUUCCUGGAAAACCUCCUUUCAAACAUCUCGAAAAGAUGAAGUCAUUUUGUUCAGACUUCGAACAGGCCACUCCUUACUUUCUCAUGGCCAUAUCCUAAAUAAAUUACCUAAACCAUUAUGCGAAAUCUGCAAUAUCCCUGUCUCAAUUAACCACCUAAUAACCGAAUGCCCAAAAUUCCAAUCUGAAAGAAAUCGUCUAAUCCCAAACCCCACUCUUGAAUCUCUACUGUCUGACAGUAAUACUCAAAACCUCAGACUCCUUACCUUCCUGAAAGAAAUCGACCUGUACAACAAAAUCUAACUCCAAAUUGUCUCCACGUCUCUAGCCAAACGGCUGUACACGGCGUGGUUAAAUAAAUUUAAAAAAAAAAAAAAAAAAAAAAAAAAAGUAAAUUCAAU